CGCGGCCGGUCACCUCGCCAGUCUUUGCCGAGACGCCGCGCGGGUCGUAUCCGUGUUUCUUUCGAUCCUUCUCUGGGUUUCUCAUUCACGAGACGCGACGCAACACGAAGAGCUGGUUUUGCGAUUCGGCGUUGUCGAUGUACGACGCGGAUAGCAACACGAUCGCUAAAGAAGAAAAAGAAACCGAGCAAAGAGGCAGGAAGAAUUGGCAAAAGGACAAAAAGUAGCAACGUAGUGAACGAGAGUCGUGACUGCAACGCGGAACGUUGCGGUGAAUGUCGAGUGAAUGGUGACGAGAUCUUGUAGGCUGACAAGGGGAGGGCCAAACGUGUACUUACGCGAAAACCAGUUGCGUUGAGAAGGUCAGUUACUGGCUCGAUGCGGAGAAACGCUCGAUAGAACCGGUAGUUUUCACUGUGGCCGUCCAGAAUAUGCAAACAGGUAGUGCGUUUUGCUUUGGAAAAAAAUACGUUUUUCGUGAUCGCACGCAUCGUUUUUCGACUCGUACGAGUCACGUUUGAAGCGUCAAAGGCCAAGGUUGUCGGUUUCGCGUAGGUUUUAGUCGACGAACAGAGACGGAAAGAGAGAGCGAGAAAGGAAGGAAGCGAGUAUCUAGCACGUGGGCGAGCACGGAAGAGUAACCGGCCUCUGCGCGUCGUCGUUGACACAAAGAGUAGAGAGAAAGUGGGAAAGAUUAAUCCUAUUUGACAUCAGCGAGAACCCAUAGGAUACCGAAGGUGUCGUUACGCUGAGAGCACUGUUGCCGGAGGGUAAUGCGCUUGGUGAGCGGAAGUGAGAAGCUCCGGGCGGCCUUUUCUUUCUUCGGCCCUUGGUCCUGUUCCGCCGGCUGUUUCCACUCGUUCUCCAACAAGUCAACCACUGCUUGGAAGCAGAGGGGACGAAUACAGUUCGGGGCGUCCUUCUGGAUCUCGGAGGAGGAGGCGUCGAAGGCGUGGAAGAGCGAGCAGGGCAGAGGAACAGCAACAACAGCCAGCAGGGAGCGCCUCGUCCAGUACGGCGCUCUUCUAACGGCGGCAGGAGGGAGUUAUGGUGUCUCGUACAUGCGAUGACUGUGGCUGCAGCCGUGGCACUGUGGCAUCGUGCCCACCUUUACAAGGCGAUCGCCUGCGUCGUCCUCGCUCUUAUUGCCAUUCAGUAUUUACUUAGUGGCGUGAUCGAUCGUCGCUCCAUAGAGACGAUUUUUACCAUUAACGCUACCAGGUACGCGGAUCGUACGUACAGGCAUCAUCCACGAGGGUUGAUCAUAUACGGGCCUGUAACGGUGUCGAGUAUAUUUGGUAACAACAAUGCCACCUUGGCGACCUUGUAUUGGGGCGGCAGAGAUAAUUCCAGCUUCUCCAAACUGGAAACUGACUUCUCCACUCGAGAUACGUACAUCGUAGGAAGUUCGCAGGAAUCUUUGACCACAAACUCGACAAACAGUACCGUGGUACCGCGAUGUCCGCUUAUUCCACCGAAUCUUGUGGGCCCAUUGACCGUUAUCAAGUCUCCUCCGGAGUUGGCAGAAAUGGAAAAGACGUUCACCGAGGUGAAGCCAGGAGGCAAAGGUUGUCCAGCGAAUUGUACAGCCAGACAUCGGGUAGCCAUUAUCAUUCCGUUUCGCGAUCGACUGAUACACCUUCAAGCGUUGCUUUACAAUCUUCACCCGAUGCUGCUUCGCCAACAGAUCGACUAUCAAAUAUUCGUGAUCGAACAGAAAGGUAGCGACGCCUUCAAUCGCGCGAUGCUCAUGAACGUAGGAUACGUGGAAGCCUUGAAGGAACGACCUUUCGACUGUUUCAUUUUUCACGAUGUCGACCUACUUCCCGAAGACGAUAGAAAUCUGUACACGUGCCCGGAACAACCGAGGCACAUGUCCGUUGCAGUGGACAAGUUCAAAUACAGGCUACCAUAUGCCGAUUUAUUCGGCGGCGUGUCGGCGAUGUCAUGCGAGCAAUUUCACCUGGUAAACGGAUUCAGCAACGUGUUCUGGGGUUGGGGCGGCGAGGACGACGACAUGGCGAAUCGAAUCAAAGCGCACGGUCUUCAUAUCUCCCGAUAUCCAGCGAACGUGGCACGGUAUAAGAUGCUUACGCACAAGAAGGAGAAGGCUAAUCCGAAAAGAUACGAGUAUCUAAAGACGGGCAAGAAAAGAUUCUCCACGGACGGACUGAGCAAUCUUCAAUACGAGCUGGUCGACAAACAGAAGCCAAAGUUGUACACGUGGCUUCUGAUAAAGCUGACGCCUCCGCAACCUAGCUGAUGGCUGUCUUGGAUCGGAUAGCGACCCGAUCUGCUCGAGAUCGCUUAAGAAGAAUAUCCUUUCGAUCCAAACGCGAAAUGUCGCGGAGUAGGAAACGAGUUACGCUCCGACGACGUGUCGCGUUCUCAACGUAGCAAGGUAAAUCUCUUAAAAACGAAAGACGGAAAAAGAAGAAAAGAGGCGAAGACACUUUUUUAUUGGGUUCGAGGAACAUGAAUUAUUGAAAGAAGUCAGUGUUUCAGCCGCUUUAGGAUACCGACGAGUUGGACGAGUUGUUUCUCCCGUGAUUUUGUCAUCAGCGGCGAAUGGGAGAAACGUUGUUACGUGAUAUAUUUUUAUUCCUCGUAUUUUUUUAUCGCAACGAUAGAUUAAAGACCACGUAGAAUGUAGCGUACGAGCUAACGUGCCAAAGGAGAGUGAGAAUAUAUGUAUGCGUGUGUGUAUGCAAGUGUGUACGCGCUACCAAGAGUAAGCGAGAAGGAAAGCGUAAAGCGAGAAAACCGCGUAAAGAGAAACAGGAGUGGCAGCUGUGCCAUCCUUUCCGGAUCCCGCUACUAUAGUUAUAUAGUACACAUAUGUGUAUAUGUACACUUUACGCGUAUGUAUCGGUCUAUAUGCGUACGCGAGUACAUACGUACGAACCAUAGAAAGCUCGAGGCUUCUCCGACAGGCCGAGUUUCCGGUUGUCCGCUGUGUAUCCAGGACAGCUUUGUAAACGACCUUUCAGCCGGUGUCGUAGGUGGCUUCCUUCGAGUUACAUACCUACCGCGAACACCUUCCCGCUAGUUUCCCCAUUGAAUAGGACAAACAGAUCCUUUCCUUUGUUUUCGACAUCCCGACGCAAUUUCGUUUUAAUCGUGCCUUGCGACUUCCUGUGUUACGGACCUAUUGCAUAUUGCAACUGUUGCGAACUCGAAUUUUGUCACAAGUUUUGCUCCUUACUAGAAAUUCAAGAAUUUCCGUACGAUGGAAGUAAAGUCUGUGCUAUCGUCUUUACGAUUCGUACGGCUCGAUUAAGGUACUAACGAACGAUUGAUCUUCAGUCAUCGUUCGGUGUCACAGCUUACGCGAUUUCCAAAGAAAUAAUAAAACGAAAAAGAUUGUCGGAAAACUUGAAUAUAUAUGUUUUUGGUCGUUUGAAGAUAAAAAGAAGUCACGUAAACAACGGUCUCUAGCACGAACCACAGACAAAGCAUAUUUUUAUAAGAUUCAUGCGGAGCUGCGAGAUUUAAUUAUUACGUUACGCUGGUUAAUUGUGUCGCGAAAGGUUUAUUUCCGCGUUAGGGGCUUGUGUAAUCGUGUAGACGAACGUGCAACGGAAACGGUACUUAA